CGCAGUUUGAAAUCUGUUAAUAUAGUGGUAUCGGAGGCACGAUGAAGAUGGCUACAGUCGUUACAACAUUAAAAGUGACUACUAUAUUUAUGGUCUGGAUCAUUAUCAGUGCUGAAGCGAACAAUAUCGCACUGAACAAACAGGCGUACCAGACGGACACCAGCAGUGAUAACUUACCUAGCCUAGCUGUAGAUGGAGACCUGCAUGGCACGUGCGCUUCCACCAUCACAAAUGACGCAUCAUGGGAAGUUGACCUUGGUGACACCUAUAUUAUUGGUAGUGUAAAGAUCUACAACAGUAUUGAUUGCUGUUCGAAAGAUUUGCGGGACUUGCAUAUCUUUACUGGCUUAACGAAUGAUGCAUACGAGCUCGGCGCAUUUAUGUCUGGUCCUUCUGGAACUAUAAUUACCUGGUCGGUGCCGUCACCACUUCGUGCUCGCUGGGUCAAGGUCAAUCGCAAAACGGGACAAAGAAGUCCGUUAACAAUUUGUGAAGUGGAAGUGUUUGAAGGCGUGGCACUUACGUCAUCAACAGCGAUGUCACCAUCACCGCCACCACCAACAACGCCACCACCGCCACCACCAGCAUCCGUAACCCAAGCCGUGACUGGUGGCAACUCUGGAGUGAGACAUCAUAGAAAACUAAAUGUUAAUGUUUCACUGCUUGCUGGUGACAGGAUACGGGAUAUACGCUGUCGAGGAAAUCCAAAUAAGGCGAGAGCGAAGCCUUGUCCGACUCAUUCAUAUAAAAGUAAUGACCCUUAA